AUGCCUGAGGCAUCCACCCGUAAUGGCCUGCUGGAGAACUGGAAAUGCCUCCUCGCAUGCACUCUCGUGUCCAUGUCCCCAUUCCAGUAUGGCAUCGACUUUGGUGCCAUCGGCGGCUUACAAGCCAUGCGCGGCUUCCUCGAAGUCUUCGGGCACCCUGAUCCUUCUAGCCCAAUAGGAUACAACAUCACACCCGAGCGCCAGCAACUCAUCUCCUCUCUCAUGACGCUCGGCGCCUUCCUUAGCUCCUCCAGCGCAGGUCUAUUUGCGACGUACAUGGGUCGGCGCCAGUGUCUGUGGAUGGCGAGCUUACUGUGCUGCGUGAGCAAUGUCGUUAUGAUGACCACAACUAGUCUGGCAGGUUUGUAUGUCGGACGGCUGCUCAUCGGAAUUGCGAAUGGCUGGUUUAUGACGUUCAGUCAGCUGUACAUCCAGGAAAGUACGCCGGCGCGGUACAGAGGUCUCAUGAUAUCGGUCUUCCAGAUCUGGACUUCAGUUGGAUCACUCAUUGGAACGGUCAUCGACAACGCAACACACGAUAUCGUGGGUAGAAACUCAUACAUCAUUCCGCUCGGCACUAUUUUCAUCGUACCGGUAUUCUUAUCGAUUGGCCUAUUUUUCAUACCAGAAAGCCCUAGGUGGUUAAUGCUCAACAACAAGCAAGACCAGGCCCACAAGUCAAUGGUCUGGAUGCGACCAAAUCCCGAAACUGUAGCUGAAGAGCUUGCGGAGAUUCAAGCUGCCAUUGAUGCUGAAAAGCACACAAAGGAGACGGCAAAUUUCCUUGAUAUCUGGAGGGAUCCUGUCGAUAGGAGAAGGACGCUGUUGGCUAUCGCGGCGGUUUCGACGCAGGCCGCAUCUGGCGCUAUGUUUAUGAUCGCUUACGGAACGUACUUCUUUCAGAUGGCGAAAGUCGGUAGCCCAUUCAUGAACAGCUGUAUCCUGACCGCAGUUGGUGUGCUUGCGAUCAUGGUCAAUAGCUGCAUAAUAUCGAAAUAUGGAAGGCGACGUGUGUUUUUGAUGGUUGGUCUCUCGUUAUGCGGAAUCACACAAAUAAUCAUCGCCGCCGUGUCCCACGUCAACCCAGGAACAGUCGGUACCGGCAAGGUCAUCGUUGGUCUCUCGGUCAUCUACAUUUGCGGCUACAACGGCAUGGUCGCUGCCUACGCAUGGCUCUCAGGCGGCGAGAUUCCUUCGCAGCGUCUUCGCUCGUACACUUUCGGCGUUGCGGCCGCGGUGGGUUUCGCAGGCGCAUGGCUGGCCACGUUUACAGCGCCGUACUUUAUCAACCCCGAAGCGCUGGGCUGGGGUCCAGAAUACGGUUGGAUUUGGGGCCCUUCCUGCUUCAUCACCGUUGUAUGGGUUUACUUCUACCUCCCAGAGAUCAAAAACCGCACCCUUGAGGAGAUCGAUGAGAUGUUUGAGGCUAAGCUUGCAGCGCGCAAGUUCAGGAAGUACGUAUGCACGGGCCGGUACGUAGUAGAUGGCGAUGAGAAAGUUGUAGAAUGGCGACACAGUGGAGGAAGCGACAAGGACGGUGUUGUGAGGCAAGAGGUCGUUGGUGUGGAGAAGACUGGCUGA